AUGAUGAACCACCUCCUCAUCAACGUGAGGAAGACCAAGGAGAUGAACCACCUCCUCAUCAACGUGAGGAAGACCAAGGAGAUGAACCACCUCCUCAUCAACGUGAGGAAGACCAAGGAGAUGAACCACCUCCUCAUCAACGUGAGGAAGACCAAGGAGAUGAACCACCUCCUCAUCAACGUGAGGAAGACCAAGGAGAUGAACCACCUCCUCAUCAACGUGAGGAAGACCAAGGAGAUGAACCACCUCCUCAUCAACGCGGGGAAGACCAAGGAGAUGAACCACCUCCUCAUCAACGCGGGGAAGACCAAGGAGAUGAACCACCUCCUCAUCAACGCGGGGAAGACCAAGGAGAUGAACCACCUCCUCAUCAACGUGAGGAAGACCAAGGAGAUGAACCACCUCCUCAUCAACGUGAGGAAGACCAAGGAGAUGAACCACCUCCUCAUCAACGUGAGGAAGACCAAGGAGAUGAACCACCUCCUCAUCAACGUGAGGAAGACCAAGGAGAUGAACCACCUCCUCAUCAACGUGAGGAAGACCAAGGAGAUGAACCACCUCCUCAUCAACGUGAGGAAGACCAAGGAGAUGAACCACCUCCUCAUCAACGCGGGGAAGACCAAGGAGAUGAACCACCUCCUCAUCAACGUGAGGAAGACCAAGGAGAUGAACCACCUCCUCAUCAACGCGGGGAAGACCAAGGAGAUGAACCACCUCCUCAUCAACGCGGGGAAGACCAAGGAGAUGAACCACCUCCUCAUCAACGCGGGGAAGACCAAGGAGAUGAACCACCUCCUCAUCAACGUGAGGAAGACCAAGGAGAUGAACCACCUCCUCAUCAACGUGAGGAAGACCAAGGAGAUGAACCACCUCCUCAUCAACGUGAGGAAGACCAAGGAGAUGAACCACCUCCUCAUCAACGUGAGGAAGACCAAGGAGAUGAACCACCUCCUCAUCAACGUGAGGAAGACCAAGGAGAUGAACCACCUCCUCAUCAACGCGGGGAAGACCAAGGAGAUGAACCACCUCCUCAUCAACGCGGGGAAGACCAAGGAGAUGAACCACCUCCUCAUCAACGCGGGGAAGACCAAGGAGAAGAACCACCUCCUCAUCAACAGAAGACUAAGGAGAUGGUGGUGGAUUUCCGUAGACGUCACUCUGCCGCUCCAGCUCCAGUGA